AUGACUAGAGCAAUAGCGAACUUUCUCUGGCUUCUCGCCAUGAUAACGCUGGUGGUGAAUGCUGCUUCUGUAUAUGGAAUCUUUACGGGAAUAACCUCCAUCACUAAUAUAGUGAGUGGUCUGCCUUCGGCCCCACCGUUGCCUAUUUGGCAAGCAACAGUUUCAUGGGAAAUGGAUAGUAGCGAGAUAUCUGAAGGAGAUACCUUCACUUUGCAUAUGCCAUAUGUAUUUAAAUUCUUGACUACAACUUCAACGGCUUACCUCUCGGUAGGAUCUACGAAUUAUGCAAGCUGUAAUUUAUUUACUGGAGGAGUCAUUGUUAACUAUUCAGAACUCCAGUGCACAGUGUUGAGCUCCAUAGCUUCAGUAAAUACAUUAAAUGGUACGUUAUCCUUCGGUAUAGCAUUUCAAGCAGGUUUAGGCUCGCGUCAAAUGGAUUUAGAUGCUGCUGGUAUAUUCACUGCUGGAUCUAAUACAAUCACUUGGGAUGAUGGUCAGAAUCUGUUCCAAACUACAGUUUCAUUUGACGCAGGAAGGCUGAAUUCUCUUACAACAAUAGAUCCAAGCAAACUCAAUAUCGCAUACCGUACCAUUCCAAAUUUUCAGCUUGUUCAGAACCUUAUCGUAGGCUCUAACUGUACCAAUGGAGUCGUUUCAGGAACCUUAGGAUUUACAAUUACCGCAGGUGGUACUAUAGAUUGUACAAGUGCGAAGGUGUCAAUGUCUAACAAGCUUAAUGACUGGUAUUAUGCAAAAUCUGUUCAACAACUUACUUAUACUGGAACGUGUAGCUCAUCUCUGUUCGUUGUUAGCUAUACUAAUUUGCCAGCAGGCUUUAGAGCGCUCAUAGAUGCAAAUCUUAUUCCUUCUAUGAUUGACAAAGCAUCAGUGACAUACGUAAAUACUUACAAAUGUGUUGGAAGCACAUCAUCCCAAACAUAUGGCUAUAGUGCUAACUGGUCACCUUACACUACUGUGAACGGUGACUCAAAUGGGAAUGCUGUCCAAUUAAGUACUCGAACUUGGACUAACUCCUAUACACAAGUUACUACACUACCCUUUAGUACAGCACUGGGUAACACAAAAACAAUAUUGGUCAAUGUUCCUAUUCCUACAACUACAGUUACACUGACUUGGCUGAGUUCAUUCAUUACGACAAAGACUUCUACAACUACAAUUGGGGGUACUGCGAAAGUAGAAAUUGACAUUCCCAUUCCAACCACUACUACUACAACUACCUGGACUGGGUCACAAAUUUCUACUACAACUAUUUCUGGAUCAAUUGGUGGCACAGCCACAGUGAUCAUAGAACUACCAACCCCUAUUACCACUAUUACUUCAACUUGGAGUGGGAACAGUACUCAAACUAUCACUUUCACAGCCUCGCAGGGUGGCACCAAUACUGCGAUUGUCAAUGUUCCUACUCCUACUACUACUAUAACUAGUACAUGGACAGGAUCCACCGUAUCCACAAGCACAAAAGCAGCUUCAUCUGGUGGUACUGCUACUGUGAUUAUUGAAGUUCCUACUCCUACUGCUACUAUAACUAGUACAUGGACAGGAUCCACUGCAUCAACAAGUACACAAACAGCUUCAUCUGGUGGUACCGCCACGAUUAUAGUCGAAGUGCCUACUCCUACUACUACUAUAACUAGUACUUGGACAGGUACUGGUAUCGAGACGACUACAGUGACAGCUUCUGUGGGUGGUACCGCCACGGUUAUAGUCAAAGUGCCUACUCCUACUACUACUAUAACUAGUACAUGGACAGGAUCCACCGUAUCGAUAAGUACACAAGCUGCUUCACCUGGUGGUACUGCCACUGUGAUUGUUGAAGUUCCUACUCCUACGACUACCAUUACUAGCACAUGGACUGGUAGUGCUGUCGAGACCACCACCGUGAGUGCGUCAGAGGGUGGUACCGCUACUGUAAUUGUUGAAGUUCCAUCUCCUACUACUACCGUUACUAGUACAUGGACGGGUACUGAUGUCGAGACCACUACCGUGACUGCCUCUGAAGGUGGUACUGCCACUGUGAUUGUUGAAGUUCCUACUCCUACGACUACUAUUACUAGCACGUGGACCGGUACCACAGUUGAGACCACUACGAUUACUGCCUCUGAAGGUGGUACUGCCACUGUGAUUAUUGAGAUUCCAACUCCUACUACUACUAUUACUAGUACAUGGACAGGUACUGAUGUUGAGACCACCACCGUGAGUGCGUCAGAGGGUGGUACCGCUACUGUAAUUGUUGAAGUUCCAUCUCCUACUACUACC